AUGGCGAAAGAUUUUUUUUAUCAUUUUCGUAAGCGGUUCUCAUUAUAUAUCGCACCUUUUACUGUUCUAAGUAUAAUAUUGCUGGAUUGGAAUCACACACGAGAGUGGAAGAAAAACGACCGGAAAUCGUUACUCUUAGAGUUAAUCAAGGACACCCACCGUGAUGACGAUUAA